CCCCACUGACCCUCUGCUCCGAGAACAGAAGGAAAGACAGAAACACAUGUGACAGAAAACAAAGGAGGCACUAAGAGAGGUUAGGAAAUGUGUGGGAGGAAGAAAACACUCAAGCUGAAGAGAAAAAGAACGCAAUAAGCCACACCGCCAGAGCCCCCGCAGGAAUCAAGAAGAGCCAGUAGGACAGCUUUUUCUACUGUGCAUUCACUCAGACAGCACAGCCUUAGAGUCCAAGCUCAUUCCUGACUAAUGAUUCUUAUCAAGCGGAAGUCACAUAAGCUUUUGACGAAGUGCCCUGGAAUUCAAAACAGGAAAAGCAAAGAGAAGGAAGGACGAUGUUCUCCGUCCCUGACUGACUACUCCAUCUAUGGUAAUGAUUUUUCUUCCUGUUCUCAUGACGUCCUUCAAAGACAUGCAGACUAUGUUGUAAUCAUUUUGCGUCCUGUUCCCACAAACUCCUUCAGAGACAUGCAGACUCCAUCUCUCCAUCACUCUGUGACAUCGAAGCAAUGGAAGUCCAAAUAUUAGUGAAUGUCAGUGUUAUUACAGUUAAAUGGUUGGAAAUGGAGCCCCCCUGUGGCUAUAUGCCUCGCACUGCAGAGGCAAAUAAGAACAAGCAGAUAAGGCUCCACGGACAGAGACUCGGUGAUGAGAAGAAGGCAGACAAAACCACAGGCAUGAGUGAACACAAAUGACUUGUGAUGCAACAGAUAAACCUGCCUCCUGACUGACAGCCAACCCUCUGUUAGUUCUCUAAUGAUUACUGCUUCUUGAAGGAAACCUUUAGACAGACGUUCAAAGAGCCUGCAAUCCGGUGGUUAAAGGGAAAAACAGAAAAAUAUGAUGCAGCAUUGUUCUUCGCAGGUCGAGGCAGUCUGACCUGAGCUCUGAGAAAGCAGGAGAGGGAAAAGAGCAAACAUCAAAGAAGAACGAAAGAGGAAGGAAGAAGGAAAAGAAUACAAAAAGAUGUGAGAAACAAAGAGAACUCUGGCAGUGUGCAACAAGCAUCUCUGCCUCUCAUUUCGAGGUCACUGUGAAUCGAGCCAGGCGGCCUGUGAUCCACGUGUUGGUGGGGAAGCUGUGAGAAAGAGCUUGGUCCGCAAACAGAAGGAAGGAGCCCUGAAGAAGCAAGAUCAGAUAAUCACAGUUGCUUAUAUAUAUAUUUCUUGAGACAAAAAUGCAGAUUUUAUUUAUCUGUAUCUGGACUUUAACAAAAUUAAAAGAAUAAUACUGAAUAAAAAUAUUCCAGCAUUUAGAAAAAUUGUUGUGGUAAAAGUUUGUUUCUUUUAAUUGGGAUUUUAAUAAGAAUACAGAAACAAACACUUAAAUUGCACCUUUUUGUUUAGUGUUUAGUGUUAUGGCAUGUUAUUUUAAACAUACUAGUCAUGAAAAUGGAUCUGCUUCAAUAAUAUUCACACUGCAGUGUCUACAUUGCAGGGGAUAUGUAUGGAUUAUGAUUGUGAACUACAAAACACACCGCAUACAGAAAAUGAUCAAAAUGAGACAAAAUAGUCACAAUAAAAUCUAAAUAAUCUACAGAGAUCAAAGAGCUCUGAAGACUGGUUACAGAUGAUCCUGCACUUCACCUGAAGGUCCCAAAACAACUACAAAGAGAGGCAGAACAUCUGCAAACAUCUGCCACAUAAAUGUUUAAAAAGACAAAACAUCUUCAUAUUUGGGGGCGACCUUUUAGAUUUAUAGAUUGUUUGUCGAGUGAAAUUCCCAGUAUUUAAAUGACCGUAUAUUACGGCGCAGUUUGUAUUCACUGAUGUGUGACGCCUCUAUGCAAAGACGGGCUUGAUGCAUUCAAAAGAUACCUACAUCAACUUGAAAGCUAUCGGGCUGCCGGUUCAUUUCCAUAGGGUCAUAUGACACACUCGCCACUGAAUUGCACUCUAUUCACCCUGACUUGACCCGUAUUUGGAUUGAGGGAAGUCUGCAACCUUCUGGAUUCACUUAUUUAUUAUUUGCUCAGACCACCUCAAAAUGUGCAGUGUCUUCGGCAUCAAGUGUUGUUUCAUUUUCUUCAACACGCUCUUCUUGCUGUCUGGGGUUGCCCUCAUCACUAUAGGAGUGCUGCAGUACUCGACGUAUUCAGAUAUCGGCACCUUCACAGGGAGCAACUUGUCUAAAAUUGCUAUAGUCCUCAUUGCAGUGGGGGUCAUCAUAGCCUUCGUAUCCCUCUUGGGCCACAUUGGUGCAUUCUUUAAUAGUUCAUCUAUGGUUGCUUGUUUCAUCUGCAUCCUGAUAGUGAUCAUCCUCUUGGAGGUCCUCACAGGAGCCGCCUUUUACAUAUUUCGCAGUAGGGCUGCCCUUCUGCAUAUGGCUAAUGGUGUCAACGCCAAAGCACAGGAAGUGAUUAACGACUACAGCCCUGAGAGGAGACAUGCAAUUGACAAAAUUCAGGAAAAGUUCAAGUGUUGUGGUGCGGACAGCUAUGCCGACUGGUCCCAGAGCGCGGGCUGGGAAAAGCACGACGCCGUGCCAGAUUCCUGCUGCGUGGUGAAGAGUGAGGGCUGUGGACAGGACAAGGAGAAGGCACAUAAAAAGGGCUGCCUCUGGGCAAUCAGUGUCUUCCUGUUGAAAAAUCUGGUGUGGGUCGGCGCUGUCUGCAUUGCUCUUGGAGUCACGGAGGUUUUUGGAGUAUUAGUCGGGGUGUGCUUGUGUCUGGACAUUAAGCGAAAGAACUACGAAAACAUCAGCUAAUGCAUCAUCACUGCUCUAUUAUCUCUGGAUGCUCGACUGUGUCUAGAAAAAAAUCUUAUCUACAUACUUGCUAUAAUUGCAGCUGGUAUCUAACAAAGAGAAAUUGAUCUGCUAUAGUGGUGAAAAAAUCUAUUUUAAAUUAACAUUCAUGCUUACUAUGCACAUAAUUAUUAAACAUGUGAUCGCAUUGGGGUUUUGUGGUGUUGUUUAAUUAGCUUUUAACAAUUAAAAACGUGUGUUGUGAUUAGAAGGUUACAUACACUCAUCAUGGGCAUGAAUUCUUUCAUUUUAGGCUUUUAGUUAUAUUUUUGACUGUUCAUUUCCAGGGUUGAAUGAUUUUACAGGCUAUAUGUCUAAUGUCUUUAAAAAAAAAACGAGAAUUAAGUGCGCUAGUUUGUCAUAAAUUGCGAC